AUGGUGUCACGAACCAUCGCGCUACUCGCCGCAGUAGCCCUAAUGGGAGGUUUGGUUGCCGCCCAGGAUACGCUCGACGACUUGUAUCUGUCGCUGUACAAUCUGACCGAAAACAAAAACACGGUGGCGGAACCGUCUACUGCAGCACCUCCAGUGGCUGCAGUCACACAGGCUCCAAUACCUCCACAGCAACGCUAUACCUGUACCGGCGAAUGCGUACAGUACUAUCUGUGCAGUGACAACAAGAUCAUUACUGACGGAGCCGGCAUUAUCGACAUCCGAGUCGGAGAAGACCCAUCGGAGGAGUCCGAGUGUCCCCACUUCCUGAACACCUGUUGCGAAAAGGAUUCAGUGGUGCUUGAGCCCCCACCAAGCGCAACCAAGGCUCCACCAACCACUGACCCUGGUACGGGAGUACGCCGACCGACCUGUGGUUUUCGUAACGCCGAUGGAUUGGGUUUCCGCAUUACCGGAAACAAGAACGGUGAGUCGGAAUACGGUGAGUUCCCUUGGAUGUUGGCUGUGUUGCGCGAGGAACGCGUUGCUGACAACAAUCUCAAUGUGUACGAGUGUGGUGGUUCGCUGAUCGCACCGAACGUCGUACUGACCGCGGCUCACUGCGUGUUCAACAAGCAAAAGGAGCAGCUGUUGAUUCGUGCCGGCGAAUGGGAUACACAGACACGCGAUGAGCUGUACCAACAUCAAGACAGACGUGUGGCGGAAGUCAUCACACACGAAGCCUUCAACAAGGGUUCGUUGGCGAACGAUGUGGCUCUGCUUAUACUGAAGGAACCCUUCCUAGCAGCGGAGAACGUACAACCGAUCUGUCUUCCACCGAAGGGAACCUCGUUCGAUCGAAGCAAAUGUUUCGCUUCGGGCUGGGGCAAGAACGUGUUCGGCAAGGAGGGCAAAUAUCAGGUGAUUCUGAAGAAGGUGGAGCUUCCGGUUGUACCACAGAGCGAGUGCCAACAGUCACUGCGCACGACUCGACUUGGCAAGCGGUUCGUGCUUCACCAGAGCUUCCUGUGUGCUGGAGGUGUUGCCGGACAGGAUACGUGUCGCGGUGACGGUGGAUCUCCGCUCGUCUGCCCGAUUCCAGGCUCUUCGACGCACUACUAUCAGGCCGGUAUCGUUGCGUGGGGUAUCGGAUGCGGUGAAAACGGAAUUCCCGGUGUGUACGGCAAUGUGGCCUUCUUCCGCGACUGGAUCGACAAACAAUUGGUGGACCGUAGUAUCCUAGCUCGGGACUACGUGUACACACCAUAA